GGCACCCAGAGACAGUACAGACAGCGUUGUCAAGCCCUCACCACACCGAACCAAUCAAAGAAAAUCAGCAGCAAGUAAAGCCAUGGCCCUGUUCAAGAUUACCCUCAUCUGCUGCGCCCUGUUUGCCGCCAUUGAAUGUGCCCUUCUGCCGGGCGCUGUUCCCUUGGGAGUCCCCAUCAACACUGAGGUGGAUCCCCAUCCGCAGUACGCCUUCGCCUACAACGUGCAGGAUGCCAUCACCGGCGACAGCAAGAGCCAGCAGGAAGUACGCGAUGGCGAUGUGGUCAAGGGUUCCUACUCGGUGGUCGAUGCCGAUGGCUCCCUGCGCACUGUCUUCUACACCGCCGAUCCCAUCAAUGGCUUCAAUGCGGUGGUGCAGCGGGGUCCAGUGCCACGCCCUGUGGUGGCCGCUCCCUUGGCAGCACCGCUGCUAGGUUAAAGCUCUUCCAGUAGCUGCUGCUGGGAACCCU